GAGGAGAAGACAGCCUGAGGUUCAUCUGGUGGAGAAGAAGAGCAGCAAGCCCUGCACGCAGCCGGGCAGGUCCCGGGCAGCCCGUCCCGAGAUGGCCGAGGAGAGCCUGCAGGGCUCCAGCACUCCGUUCUCCCUCUCCUUCUCGGGCAGCGGCUUCCUCGUCCUCUACCAGGUCGGGGUGGUGCAGUCCCUCCUGGAGCUGGCUCCUGAGCUCCUCAAGUCUGCCUGCAAGGUCUACGGCUCCUCCGCCGGCUCCCUGAUCGCCGCCGCCGUGGUCUGCGGCGUGGGUCUGGAUGACCUAAAGGAAUUUUUCUUUGCCAUGGCCAAGGAAGUCAGGAAGACCAUCCUGGGGCCUCUCUCUCCCAAGUGCAGCUUGCUGGCCAACAUCAAGACAGUCCUGCAGAAGAUGCUGCCAGAGGACUCCUACCAGCUGGCCUCGGGGCGGCUGCACAUCUCGCUCACCCGGGUGGCUGAUGGCCAGAACGUGAUGGUCUCUGACUUCAGCUCAAAAGAGGAACUCAUUCAGGCUCUCCUCUGCAGCUGCUUUCUUCCCAUCUACUGUGGCUUCAUCCCUCCAUCCUACCGGGGUGUGAGAUACGUGGAUGGAGGAUUCACUGGCCUGCAGCCCGUGUCCAGCCUGGAGGAGGCUGUGAUCACUGUGUCCCCCUUCACAGGGGAGCUGGACAUCUGCCCCCGGGACUGCCCUGCCAUCUUCUUCUGCUUCCAGAUCUUCAAUGGCAGCAUCCAGAUCUCCAUAGAGAACCUCUGCAGGAUCAGCUAUGCUCUCUUCCCACCCAGCACCAUGUGCUGGUGGGUGGCAGCCUGGGCUGGGGUCAUCCUGCCCACCAGCCCCCAGUGUGGCCUCGUGGCCAAGAAGGCCACUGUGCCUGGGGGGAAGCUCUUUAGUGAGCUCCACUGCUUCUCCUAG